AUGCCUCUCUCUGGCACAGGAGGCGAAUCGCCACAUAGAGUUAACAUUGACGAAGAAGCUGAUUAUGACUUUGAAGACAUUUUUGAAAAAGCUGGCCAGGACAUUCGACAGGACCAUCAAAUGACCAACAUAUUCGACCGAUCGGACACAAAAACAACUUUUUUUGAGAGACUCAUGGGUGCGCUAGAGGAUAUUCAUUAUCUGAUGUCCUUCUCUUCCCCGAUUAUUUCCCAUUAUUUCCAAAACGUCACAGAAUGCAUGAUUAAAAGAAAAGUGCGUCAAUUCAUGAAACUACUCGUUGCCUAUUGGUGUGUCAUGCUCAUCAAAUCACUUCGACAACCAGAUGCCUCAGUGACCAAUCUCAAAUUCGCCGCCCUCAUGAUGGGAUCCUUUAUAUUCCUCUACAUAUACACGUUUCGACGGUUAAGUCGCAGUGAGUAUAAGUUCAUUUCCUUACUCCUAACGAUUGGCAGUCUAAACUACACACUCUAUGAGUCCUGCAGGCAGGAAGCCGCAAUGGAUGGCUCAUACGCCUAUCCCUUUUCUCUCAUUGUUACGAUAAUCGUCUUCCUUCCUCUGGACAUGAAUAUAAUUGUACCUGUCCUGUUGGUAUUUUGCGUCAUCUUCUGCAUCAUAUCCUCGCGCCAGGUCACCUAUUCCCACAUAAAACGAGAUCUCUACAAGAACAGCAUCCACCCACUCUACUCGCAAGUACACGCCUACAAGUUUUACAUACUCGAAGGUGGUACGGAGGCCUGGUCUAUCUUUGCAGAGGACUACUGCAUGGUUCAGGCUACCAGUUGGCUCACCGUUAUUUUCAUUGGCUGUUACUUGAGAUUUUGGAACGAUUUGCGUCGGCGAUCCGCAUUCUCCAUCAUCGGCAAGUCAGUGCGAGCCCGCAAUCAAAUCGAGACAUCUCUGACUGAUCAAAGAGAUUGGAUCACGGCCAUCAUGCCCGUGCAGGUACGAGAUCAUUAUAUAGCGAUGCUGAGGGACAAAAGCCAGGGGGAUGAUAUUUGGGUUUUCUCGAAAUCCUUCAACGAAGUCAGUAUCCUCUUUGCUGACAUUGUUGGCUUCACGAAAAUGAGUUCAUCGAAAACGGCCACCAAAAUCGUCAUGCUGCUGAACGAUCUGUACAAUCGAUUUGAUGAUUUGUCCACUCAAUUAAAUUGUGAAAAGAUUGGCACACUCGGUGACUGCUACUACGCUGUCGCUGGGUGCCCAGUGGAACGCGAAGACCACGCUAUGUGCUGUGUCGAGUUCGGCCUCGGCAUGUGCCGCAUCAUCAAGGUAUUCAAUAGGGACAAUAACGAGGAGGUCAACAUGCGUGUUGGGGUGCAUACGGGCCGCGUAAAUGCAGCCAUAAUUGGUUGUAGCCGCUUCCGAUACGACGUCUACUCGACAGAUGUAAUCGUAGCCAACGAAAUGGAGACCUACGGCCUGCCUGGUCGCGUACACAUCUCGCAUACAACAUUCAAACUGGUGAAAGGUCUCUACCGCUUCGCCAAAGGCCCACCUCUGCCCAUGCUCAAGGAACAACAGGUCGGCAUGGGCGGCCUGGAUCAAGUGGAAGUCGAACUUAAGACCUACUUUGUUGAUCCACUCUCGUCCCUCAUGAGAAAGCAGAGUGAAAAUUAUGGGCAGACAGGAAUGCCAAGCCGUAUUCUGACACUUCAGAGUGAAACAAAAAAUGGAAAAAUGAGCGACUCCGAGGACGAGUCUACAGGGAGUGAAGAUGCCAGUGGAACCAGUGACAAGUCAGCCCAAAAUUCCCAAGGUAAGGGCACAAUUUUUUCCUCGGACGACCAAAAUUCGACAUUAAGUGAGGCAGAAAACGUUCGACGACGUAACUUACGCGAUAUUCGGCUUGUUCAGACACUUCAGGAUGAUCCCAAACACCAGGUGAAGCUGUUUCGAUUUGUGCCUCUGACACCAAUUUUUCAUCGCUUUCAAGAUACAACCAUCGAAACCGCCUUCAAAAACUAUAUGCAGGGAUACCUACCAGUUGUCACCAUUGAAUCACCACGCUUAGCACCUGUUCUCGAUGUCCUAAUGAUAUCUCUCACUACCAUGGCUAUCCUGGUUCCGUACAUAAUUCAUUUAAAUGUGGACUCUAAUGGAUACCUUGCUCGUGAGACCCCGGUUCCUAUGGCUGUGCUGGCUUCGUCAUUCAUCUUGGCCUCCAUUUUUGCAUACGGAUCAACAAAACACGCUUCCACCGUUGUUGUGGAGCGUAACACUGGAUUCAGAAUCUUUGCAAGUUACACCUUUCGAGAAAUCGUCCUUGCGAUUUUGACCCUACUGCCCUCUGUCGUGUUUUUUGUCCAACUCUUCUCCGCAGACAUCGAAAAUGACGCCAAUACUCAGGAUCGUGUGAUAUACCUGGAAUUCGGGAUGCUGACCAUUUUAGUGCACUGCAUGGCCACAUCCAGUUUUUCAUGGGUCCGCGGAUUCUGCAUCCUCAUAAGUGCUAUUGGUUUUUGUUUCGCGCUUGGGAAGGUUAGAAAAGAUUUUGAUUACGCCUAUUGCGAGCCCACACUCUGGUACAUGCACAUGGAUAAACCUGUAGAGGGCAUCAACGAACGCAUAGCCUCCAUUUUUACAUUGGCAGCAGUGGUUUACUUCAUUACCACAGAGAACGAAAGGAGCAUUCGGUUGUGGUACUAUGUACUUCGUGAGGCCGAAUUUGCUUGCCGGACAGCAGUGAAGGAGAGCGAAUCGGCUCAACAAUUAUUGGACAAUGUUAUUCCGCCGUACAUCUUCACCCAGCUGGCGAUGCUAGGUCAUCGACGUCUGAAGGCAGGAACAUUCUGCUUUGCAAAUGCGAUCUCUGACGUCGCGGUUUCUUUCGCCACCCUGACCAACUUCUUCAAGAGCUACUACCGGGAGGACUAUCGCGGUGGUGAAGGUGCACUCAAACUCCUAAAUACUAUCAUCUGUGCCUUCGACAACCUGAUGAAACAGCCGCAGUAUGCGAGUGUCGAGAAGAUCAAGACAGUCAAUGACUGCUACAUGAUUGCAGCAGGGUUGAAUCAGCUGCAGCGUGAGUCACAAGUGCCGAAGGACAGGCAUAUCUACGAGUUGAUGGAAUUUGACUUCGCUCUGUAUGACACUCUGAAUGAAAUCAACGACAAAUACAUUAUAGGCACGGACAAGUUUCAGAUGAAAAUAGGUUAUUACAUUGGUGAUGUUACUGCUGGAAUUAUAGGCUCUCGCAAGCCCAUCUACGACAUAUGGGGGAACACUGUUAAUGUGGCUAGUCGAAUGUACUCCACAGGAUCUGCGGGUCAGAUACAAACGCCGAAAGAAGUCACUGAACGACUGGGUGACCGAUACAACUAUGAGUACAGAGGACGAGUGUUUGUGAAAGGCGGAAACACCUGUACUGCACUAGUUGUUGGCCAAAUAAAAGUUGCAAGUUAG